UCAACAUCAUUCCCUUGCGGGAAAAACCUGAUUGGAAUGGAAACGAGAAAUAAUACCCAUAGUCCACUUCAGCCGUAUGAGUAAUUUCCAAGAUGGCCGCAGAAGGUGUCUGUCCGUUUCCUCUUCCCCCAGCUCAAUACUACAAGGUUUACACGGAUGAAAAUGUAAAGAAGCAAUUAGUACCUGAUCCACCAACUCCAGCUGAGGGAGCUUACGCUAUUUUUGGGGCUUCUUUUGAGACUGACGAAUCCAUUAUCAGACCGUUAGAACUUCAGGGAAUAACCAGACUUUAUACAACUCAGGGGAGAUUUGAUCGCAUCAAAGAGCUAAAAAAACUAAAUCAUUCCAUUGUCAUAAACUUCUUGGAGCUGUUAGAUAUUCUAAUUAAAUCUCCUUCGUCACCUAAGAGAGAAGAAAAACUAGAAGACUUGAACUUACUAUUUAUUAAUAUUCAUCACUUGAUCAAUGAACUUCGACCACAUCAGGCACGGGAGACAUUAAGAGUAAUGAUGGAAAGGCAAAAGCAGCAGAGACUGGACACAGCAGACAAACUAAACAAGCAUUUGGACAGAGUGGUGGCAAUGCUACAGUCUAGCCUAUCCUCAUUACAGUUGAGUGCAAGACAACAGGACAGCUCUUUUGAAAAAAUGGAGGUUAAUCAAUCACAAGAUCGCUCAGAGGAAAAUGAAGAGUUCAGCAGAGAAGAUGAAAUCAUGUGCAGUGCCUUGGAAAAUAUCUCAUAGCUAGACAUUUGUGACUGGAACUCUACAGACCCUGUCAAUAUGAAUGUUAUAUAAAUGUAAUGUAAAGUUUUGCUGCGUCUUAGAGGAGAAAUAAUAUGCUAUUUAAAAACAUGUGGAAUCAUUUGUUCAGACAACUGUUUUUUUUGUGGCCUUAAAUGUAACUAUAUCUUUGUUGUAAGAUAAUUGUACAAAUCAGUAUUAUGAGGUUCUAAGUUAUAAAUAAUUUAGGAUUAACAUAAAUUUAUAUACUAAAUAUAAAAUCGAAUAUUAAUGUACAGGCUCUGUAUAUGCAAGCUGUUGUAAAUAUAGUGCUAAUGCACUUGAUUGAUGUGAUGUUUUAGUGCUUCAGUGGUGUCUAAAGUAUAAUGUUGGAGAUCUGGGUGAAUAUUUUAACUGCCAUUGAUAGAUUUAUUCUCUCCAUAUGAAAGCUUACCUUGGGGAGGUAUGGAAAGUGGCCCACUGAUGAAAUCUAUAUCCAAAAUGUUUCAGCCUUUUUGAUGAGGUCUUCAAAAAUAGUUUCAUGAGGAUGGGUCCUGUCAUUUACCAUUUUCUAUUUUUGACAGGAUGUGUGCCUGCGCGAUAUAUAUUAAAAUGGAAAUUGGUAUCCUUUUCAAAAACUUCAUCCCUUUUAUUUUCUAAACUUUUGUUAACAAUUACAUGGUAAUAACGAAGCAGUUAAGUUAAUUAGAGAUGCUAUGGAGAACCUCAGAGGCAGCCCCUCUGUUAGAUUACCCUAUCCUUCCAAAUACCUCAACUUAAGAUACUCUUAAAGGGGGAUCAAAUCAGUUGAUAAAACCAAAAUUGUCUUGUGAAGAAAUUCUUACUCAUUUGCAUAACUAAAGGAAGUACUCCUUAAGACAGAACCUCCCUCUGCAGAGCACUGAUUAUCGUUAGUAAUCCCCUUGCCCCUAUUUUACUUGUAAAUUCUGUAAUCAGCACUUUUCAAAUACUUGGCGGAUUGAUGCUGGUGGUUAAUCACUCAAGGUUAUCUAUAAUAACAACCUCAACACUACAGUGUGUAUUUUUGUGGCAAAAGCAUUAUUUCUGCUGCAAUAAAAUUUCUGAGCUUGAAGG